GAGAAGGGGAGAGACGAAAGUAACGGGAGCUGUGGCGCUUCAAUCAAACAUCCGGGUCCGAAAGCGCAGGAGCACCGCUGCAGCUACGUUUCCGCGUUGGUUGAGCGGAGAGCAGAGGGGAGGGGAGGGAAACUGAGAGAGAGAGCGAACAGCCGAGGCGCAGUGGGACAGAGUCUGAGAAAAUUACACCGACGCACCACACCAAUACAACAAAUAAAUAGGGAAUUGACACGAAUUUUGGGCUUCAACGAGCCCGACCCAAGCGGUUCGCGGCAUAGCGUUUUCACCAUGGAGACUGCGGUAUAAACACGCUAUAAAAUGUGAGAUUUACCGAGGAAACCAGAAGAGAGCGAGAGUGGCUUUCCCCCCUUAUCUGUUGCGGGUGAUCUCAAUCGGUGGUCCUUCGUCGUAACUGCCGUGUUUUCUGGGGGAAAAUGAAGAAGUUCAACAUCAGGAAGGUGCUGGACGGACUGUCAGCGGCGUCUUCAUCCGCUCAGUCUCCCCAACCGGGGACGCAAGAGAACAAUUUGAUCCAGGAGACUCUUCAGUCCGAGCAUUUUCAGCUCUGCAAGACCGUCCGUCAUGGCUUCCCUUAUCAGCCAUCGUCCAUGGCCUUUGACCCGGUCCAGAAGAUCCUGGCUAUUGGAACCCAGAGUGGAGCUCUCAGACUGUUCGGUCGCCCAGGUGUGGAGUGCUACUGUCAGCAUGAGAGCGGAGCAGCCGUCAUCCAGCUGCAGUUCCUCAUCAAUGAGGGGGCGCUGGUGAGCGCUCUGGCAGACGAUAGCGUCCACCUCUGGAACCUGAGGCAGAAGAGGCCUGCCAUCCUCCACUCACUUAAGUUCAACAAAGAGAGGAUAACCUUCUGUCACCUGCCCUUCCAGAGUAAGUGGUUGUACAUCGGCACGGAACGAGGAAACAUCCACAUCGUCAACGUGGAGUCCUUCUCACUCUCAGGCUAUGUCAUCAUGUGGAACAAAGCCAUCGAACUGUCCUCCAAGGCCCACCCAGGUCCUGUGGUUCACAUUAGCGACAACCCCAUGGAUGAGGGGAAGCUCAUAAUCGGAUACGAGGCUGGGAUUGUGGUACUGUGGGAUCUCAAAUCCAAGAAGGCAGACUCACGCUACACUUACGAUGAGGCGAUCCACUCAGUUGCCUGGCACCACGAGGGCAAGCAGUUCAUCUGCAGUCACUCUGACGGAACUCUCACCAUAUGGAACAUCAAAGGCCAGGGCAAGCCCAUUCAGACAAUCACCCCUCAUGGAAAGCAGCCCAAGGAUGGCAAGAAGCCAGAACCCUGCAAACCUAUCCUCAAAGUGGAGUACAAGACUACCAGAGCUGGAGAGCCCUUCAUGAUCUUGUCCGGUGGACUGUCGUACGACACAGUGGGGCGGCGGCCAUGUCUGACGGUGAUGCAUGGGAAGAGCACCGCAGUGCUGGAGAUGGACUACCCCAUCGUGGACUUCCUCACACUCUGUGAGACGCCAUACGCCAACGAUUUUCAGGAACCUUACGCCGUGGUGGUCCUUCUAGAAAAGGAUUUAGUGGUGAUCGACCUUGCACAAAAUGGUUACCCUAUCUUCGAGAACCCCUACCCCCUGACCAUCCACGAGUCCCCCGUGACCUGCUGUGAGUACAUCGCCGACUGCCCCGUGGACCUCAUACCUGCACUUUACUCAGUGGGCUCCCGACAAAAACGACAGGGCUACAGCAAAAAGGAGUGGCCAAUCAGUGGAGGAAACUGGGGUCUGGGAACGCAGAGCUACCCAGAGAUCAUCAUUACUGGCCAUGCUGAUGGAACCGUGAAGUUUUGGGACGCUUCUGCAAUCAUGCUCCAGGUGCUCUACAAGCUAAAGACAGCCAAGGUGUUUGAGAAGAGCCGGACCAAGGAGGACAAGCCGGUGGCGGACAUCGAGAACGAGGACCCGUUCGCCAUCCAGAUCAUGUCCUGGUGCCCGGAGAGCAGGAUGCUGUGUGUGGCCGGAGUGUCCUCUAAUGUCAUCAUCUACCGCUUUAGCAAACUAGAGAUCACCACCGAGGUGGUACAGCUGAUGGAGGUGCGUCUGCAGUAUGAGCUCAAUGACAUGGAGUCCCCCGAGGGAGGGGGGGACCAGGCUCCAGCCCUGCCCACCCCAGGGGCGUCGCCCAGCCCCCAAACAUCCGGCCCGCCCACACAACCCUCCACCAGCAGCAACAACUCUGACGGCGGGCGGGACAACGUGCCCUGCCUCAAAGUGCGCAGCACCCCCCUGAAGCAGUCUCCUGGGUACCAGGUGGAGCUGGUGAUCCAGCUGGUGGGGGCCGGGGGAGAGCCCCCCCAGCCUAUCACCAGCCUGGCUGUCAACUCCUCGUACGGCCUUGUGGUGUUUGGUAACAGUAGUGGCCUAGCGGUGGUGGACUACCUCCAGAGGAGUGUCCUGUUGAACCUGGGCACGGUGGAGCUGUACGGAUCCAACGACCCCUACCAGAGACAGCCCCGCUCGCCCCGCAAGACACGCCAGCCCUCCGGAGGUCUGUGUGACAUCAACGAGGGCUCCGCCACUUCAGAAGAUCGCUGCAAGUCCCCCACCUCAGUGUUGACGUCAAACCAUCAGCAAUUCUACAAUGGAGGUGGUAGAGGAGCAAAGAUGUCACGGAAAUUAAGCUUGCCUACUGAGCUAAAGCCAGACUUGGUCCUCCUGUCUGUAUGUGCUCCGCGGGGUUCCAACCCUCUAGACCACCGGGACAACUCCUUCAGCCGCUCGCGCUCCUCCAGCGUCACCUCCAUCGACAAGGAGGCCCGCGAGGCCAUCACCUCCUUCCACUUCUGUGAGACCUUCGCCCGCAAGGGAGACAGCGGCGUCACCCCCUGCCUCUACGUGGGCACCUCCCUGGGCAGCGUGCUGGCCGUGGCGCUCAACCUGCCCCCCGCUGGAGAGCAGAGGCUACUACAGCCCGUCAUCGUCUCACCAAGCGGCACGCUGGUGCGUCUGAAGGGCAGCAUCCAGCGCAUGGCCUUCCUGGACGCCACAGGGUCCAUGCUGCCCCCGGCCUUCGAGCCCUGGUACGAGCCCAACGCCCCGGCGGACGGGGAGGAGCGCGACAAGGCCCGCAAGCGUCGCCCGGUGUCCGUGUCGCCCUCGGCGUCCCAGGAGCUCAGCGAGAGCCAGUACGCGGUGGUGUGCUCCGAGAAGCAGGCCAAGGUCAUGGUCCUGCCCUCGCAGAACUGCAUCUUCAAGCACAGCAUCACCGAGACGUCGUUUGUGCUGCGAGCCGACGUGGUGCAGAUGGGCAGCGGCAUCUGCUUGGCGUGCUUCUGUGCCAACGGGCACAUCAUGACCCUCAGUAUACCAGGCCUCAGACCGUUGCUGGAUGUGAACUACCUGCCCCUGACAGACAUGCGGAUAGCAAGGACGUUCUGCUACACCAACCUGGGCCAGGCCAUGUACCUGACCUCCCCCACAGAGAUCCAGAGGAUCACCUACAGCCAGGACACCUGCGAGAACCUGCAGGAGAUGCUGGGGGAGUUGUUCACACCAGUAGAAACACCUGAAGCUCCCAACAGAGGGUUCUUCAAGGGCUUGUUCGGAGGAGGGGCGCAGUCACUGGACAGAGAGGAGCUGUUUGGAGAAUCGGUGGCGGGCAAGGCGUCUCGUAGCCUGGCACAGCACAUUCCCGGGCCGGGAGGCAUCGAGGGCAUGAAGGGGGCAGCGUCCGGUAUCGUGGGCGACCUGGCGCGUGCCAGGAUAGCACUAGACGAGAGAGGGCAGAAGCUGGGCGAGCUGGACGAGAGGACAGCCGCCAUGAUGACCAGCGCAGACUCCUUCUCCAAACACGCUCACGACAUGAUGCUGAAGUGCAAAGACAAGAAGUGGUACCAGUUCUGAUCGCAGACAAGGGGGGAAGCCGACCCGGAAGGACACCACCGUCACAUUCCACUGCUUCAUCCAGACUCGACGGGUCCCCUUCCUCUGUCCCUCCCUCCCUCCUUCCCUCACUCCCUCCCUCCCUCCCUUCCUCCAUCCCUCCCUUUGGUGGACACGUGGGAUUCUCCUCCUUAGCACAAUGUUGUAUACUGUACUUACCUCAGUCAGGUGGUUAUACUGAGGAGUGGCCUGGCAAGAGGAACAAGCUCAAAUGGGGAAAACAAAGCGUGCUCCUUAUUUACGUUCUCGUCUCUUUGUUUGUCUGGUCUUGUUUGUUUAUCCCCUCGGCGGCAGCCAAUCGGCUGGAUUGCCGGGGUUUUGCCAUCCUUAUUUGCCAAAAUGUUCUGUGCCGUCAUCUCUGCUCCAACCAACCCGGGGCCAGAAUGCCUACAGACAGACAGACAGACAAAAAAAAAAAAAAAAAAAAAAAACAUUGAAUAAACAAACAACUAUGGAGAAAAAAAUCAAAAUGUAAAAAGAGGAAAAAAUAAUAUAUAUAUACAUAAUUAUAUAUACAUAAAUCUAUAUAAAUGAUCAACGCUGUAGUCACUUCCGACUGUAAAGUGCAAAACAAGGUGGACAACGCACAGGCCACGUGUGUUCGGAGUAGGGAAGGGAUGUUAUGUUUCCAGAGUCACAGGAUGUGAUGUCAUAGUGACAGCCUCCUUUAUGCAGAGAGUUGCUGGGUGAAAAACAGAAAAUGUCUUUCCGAUGUACACUGGAUCUCCUUCUCCUUGCUCUAUAGACUCUCCUACUCAUCCAAUAGAGGAAGUUCAUAUACCUAGAAACAGUAUACCAGUUUUUAUUUAUUAGUCCUCUUGUUGAUGUUUAUUUUGCUCUGUGUGUUGGGGGGGAAACAGUUUUUAUUUUUCUAUUGUUGUAAAAGUGAAUGGUGUCAAUUAAUUUUUGUCACGUCCCAACGUAUGUCAUUUUUUGUGGCUUUGGGUCCUAAAUCCCAUUCAUUUCUCCUUCAAGAAAAGGGCUGGAAACAAAUAGAGGGCAUGGAUAUAAAAGACAUAGUUGUAUCAUUCAGAAAUAACGCCAAUAUAAAAAAAACAUCACAUCUGGAUCCACAGGUUUGAUCAUAAGAUCUUAAGAAGUGUGACCCUUGACUCCUAGAGUACCCGAGGGUCCAGUUCCAUGUAAAUGCUACCUUCUCCCUCCAUUCUGAAACAUUGUCAGCACCUAACUGUUUGGCUUGGUCUGCUAGUGUGUCUGUAUGAAUGCUAUCUAACCCAGUGUACUACUGAAGGGUUUUUGGACAUGGACCUACUAGGUUUUUUAAGAGUUCCUAAAAGGACCUUUGAACUUGGAGCGCACAUCACCUUGGAGUCACGUACAAUACACACAUAUGGGUAUAAAACCCUAUUUGUGUGUUGAUAUAUGCAGGACAAAAAAAAAUAUAUACAGAUGUACAGUCAUCCAUGCGCAAGUCAUACGUUUGGGAGAAAACCACUUUUAUUGUUUUUAAUUGACAAUACUUGUUCGUAAACAAAAUGAAUUUGAUCUCUGUGGGUGUCUGUGUAUUUCUGUGUGUGUGAGAGCAAGCUGUUAUUUAUUGGAGCGCAUGAGAUGCUGCUAAACAUUUGGUUUGUCAGAGCUGUCUGUCCUUCCGUUAUCCGUUAUCCGUGAUUCUGUUGCCCAUAUCAUUUGUUCAUACGUGUGUGUGUGUCUCUGUCUCUCUCUCUCCCCCUCUGCCAGGCUGUAACCGUUCAGCUGUACAUAGGUUCAUAGUUUGACAAUCUAAGACCAACUGGAAAGUAAGAAAAGGGAGUUUUGGAGAAUUCAAGUGGCACAAAAGGACAGAGGCCAUAUUUUUCUGACGCCAAAGACUUACUUUAGCUUUUGUUCCAUCGUGUCAUUAGUCAACUUGGCAUUCCAAGGCAGUGCUAAUUCAAAUACAGUAUAGAUGACGGUCUGACUCCAUUUAGUGCUAUAGUCCCUCAGGGUGCAUCCCUAGGCUUUGGGUACCGUGCAUUCCGACUCAAUAAUCCAUCACUGGCCUUGACUCCAUUCUGAAUACUUGCAUCCUUUUCUUAGGCCCUUGAUGACUUCACUUCCUUGAUCUGACAGACUUACGAGUUUGAAGAAAAACAACAGUGACACCUUUCAGAACAUAGGUCUACUGUCAAGAGUGCAAGUUAUCGGUUCAAGGUUUUGGAAUGGAACUUAGCCAUCCUAUUUACACGAUAAUACUGAUGGAAGUGGUUCGUUAUGAAAAUGUUCAACUGUGUGAUCUUCUCUUCACGUGUCAUCUUUUUAUUAUAUAUUUUUGUAAAUCUUCUUUGCUGUUCAAUUUGAAUUAUUUGCUGUAUAUCCUUCUUGUCUCAAAUACUCAAUUUUUUUAACAACCAAUCUGUAAAUGUUCAGAAAAGCUUCGUAACCAUGGCAACGAGACGUCAGGCAUCAGCUGACCUCCUCUGGAAUGUGGUGUCAUAGUCGGCGCAUGUUCAGUGUUUGCACACACGCUUCAUCUAACUCUCUGCCUUUUCUCCCUCUCUGGUGGGUGUUCCAGGUGGUCCAUAUUGGUGAUACUACUCCUACAAAAGGUUCUGGUUAUCUUCUCUAUGUUAGGUAUGCAUUGUUGUGUGGAUGUGGAUAGGUAGCCCUGCUUAAUCCUCUUCGGAGCAAAAAAAAAAAAAACAACUUCAGGAAAACUACUUGUAUAUGAUUGAGGUACUCUCCUUCUAGUUCU